AUGGCAGUAAAUUAUUUUUUCUGCCUCGUUGCAGCCAAGGCGAAAGCUUUCACGGGCUACCUCAUGUUCAUGGAGGACAUAAUUCAAAAGUCGCAUUUUAUAGCUUCGAAAGGAUUCUCGGGCAGCAGUAUCCUAGUGCUUUGUUUUGCCAUCUUAUACAGCGCAUCGAGUUUGUAUGGGACAUUACUGUGGGGUUUCGACGCGCCGGGGUAUGUGAUACAGGCACAGAAUGUGUCUGCUUCAACGCUGGAGAAUUCGUUGAUGGAAACCCGAGCAUAUAUCGUUAAUCUAGACAUGAAUCGCAAUAAUUUAGCCAAUUUGGAUCAGGAGAUGCCGCAUAUGAUUGGCGCAAAUCUGUACAAGACUGGAUCAAACUACACCUUGACUUCAGAUAUCAAUCGCGGUAAUGCUGAACUCACGACGCCUACACAGACACUGGUUGGGGGAAGGAUUUGGUUGGAUGCAGAAGGGCUUUCUGUGUCCCCAGAUACCGCUGCGUCGGUGUCGUAUACAACAGAUCAGAACGGUACUAUGGUUUCGAUGGAUUGUCCCCUACAAGAAGUUGGUGUUGGUGUUGGGCAGUACUGGAACUGUACUGUCAAUAAUACUUUCGUCGAUCCACUGCUCCGGGCCGUUAUUGGGCAGCCAGAAAUACACUGGGAUGACACGUCGGAUGAGGCGUUCGAUUCCCGCUACCUAAAACCUGAGCGACAGAGAAACAUCUGGGCUUCGUUCGGUCAAGGAGGCGGCACUGCUAUGAUGAAGCAAAUGUUUACCAUCACAAAGGGAACGAGACGACAUACCUUUAUCGAAACGACAUUUCGGACCACAAUGUUAACAGUGCCCAGUGUCCCAUUUUCGAGUUAUGAAUUGACGGAUAUCUUGAAGAGGACAUGGAGCACCAACAUCACGGAGCAGCAGGCUCCACUUCUUACACGUCUCUCGAAUUCCAUUCAGAGUGCACAAAGUAACGAUAAGAGCUUUCUGUUCGGAACCAACGAUGCUCAUAAUGUGACUACUACGCAAGUCACUUGGGAGUAUCUUACACCCGAGGUGGGUGGAGAAGCAGCAUACUCACUGCUCCGGAUCACACUCACAAACAUCACCGUCGUGAGAUCUGAAAACAUUCCGGUGGCUCCUACCCCCUUCGCACUUUGCGAUGCGGCUUACUCGAAUGUCGCAUAUGGCGGCGUAGUCACCGGAACGGACUGCGUACUUGCGAAACUAGGAAGACCAAAACAGUUCUUCGGCCAAGUCGAUACGUCUGCUGUACUCAUCCUGAAUGGCCUUGGAGAUGGAAGAUCGAACCUCAGUGCAACCGCACUGGACGAGACGAUUUAUGAAUGGGCGAGUAUGAAUUCGGAACGCAUGAACGACUUGCUGCUCGCGCGUGGGUAUAUCGUCAGCAUCGACCCUUCUCUCGUCACGGUAGAGAGGGGUGUAUUGAAGCCGGCUAUCUCGUAUCUGCAGAUGUUUCUGUGUCUCCUUGCCCUGGUUCUGUUUGGCAUAGCAUGGUUGAGUCUCAGACUGCUCACCACGUCCCAUUGGUCGAGCUCCCUCCUUUUAAAUAUCCUUGCUCCCAUGAACAAUAAGAGUGGUGCGCCUGGAUAUGUAUACUCGGUCCCUGAUAUCCUGCUUCAGGAGACUGGGGCCGGGAAACACGUUGCAGUCAACGGUUCACUCCUACGGUUUGAUGCUGGAGCACCAGGAGGACAGCUUUCACCAUCAUCUUUGAUGAGCUAUGAACAAGUUCCGCAGCAGCCGAAAGAUCCAAUGACGGUUCACGAAGGGGAGGCUUUCUUGCCGCAAUACCAGCAGCCGACAUACCCCCCAAAACCUUGA